AUGAGUUCUCUCGACCCGUCGCACAUCCCAGGGCUGCACAAGACCGACGACCGAACGACAGGUCAAGCAGUGUACGACUCGGUCUCGCCUUUGCAUUCGUUGUCGAGUCGGCUUGCGGAGAGUGAUCGCGAGGAGGGAAGGGUGGGGGAGGACCAGAAGGCUGCGCGGCGGCGAAGACGGUACGAGGACGAUGAGGACGAGGACAGCGACGAGGAGGAGGACCGCGAGGAACGGAUACCAGUCCCGCCGAUUCCCGACCUCCGUUACGAGCAGGGCGUACUCGCUUCGAUCCGGCCGUUCCUGCACCGUAUCGAUGGCGACGAGUCAGGACAACGACAAGGCGGCGAAGGAGCGGAGAAGGAGAAGAAGGUCUUGACGGCGGAGAAGAGCGCGUUGGCGUCGGCACAACUGACGGCCGAGGGGUCUUCGAAGCGCGAGUCGGCGAGCGACGCUCUGAUGGCGCCUCUACGGAUCGAGUGGAGCAAGGUGACCUACGUCAUCGUGCGGGACCAGGUCGUCUUCCCCCUCCUGCAAGGCAUAGCCUGGGGCGUCGCAGGCUUCUACCUCAGCGCGCUAUGGGACUGGAACAAGGCACGGCUGGCGGUGAAGAAGAGCGGGAACCCGUAUGCGCGGGCGCCGAGUUUGCUGGCGAGUUUGGGGAUCAGAACGCGGUAG